UCCCGCCUCCCAGCUGAGCGGCUAGGUAAACAAACAGGAGAGGAGAAGAAACGAGCAGCAGACGCUUUGCUGGGUUCUGGCUCAUUUAGGGACACUUUUCUAUUCACAUCUCUUUUUGUAAAAAAAACAAAAAAUGAUAUCCUGUUUUCUAGAAACAAUAUUCCUUUGAUACACGGGUACUAACAUUUUCUAACAAGAUUUAAAAAACUGAGGGUUGUUAGUAGUAGUUUGCUAGCUCGGAAAGAUUGGACUUUUUGUACCAUCAUUUUUAUUAGAGCUCGUAAGAAAAGCUCUCUAUAGGUCAGUAAGGUGUAUUUUUUUCAUCCAGAUCCAUUAGAUGCAGUACUGUCUUCCGUAAAUAAAUACAUUUUAAAAAGCGACCGAGCGUUCCUGCCGUUUGCGAAGUUCAACGUUAACGGCAGACAGCCUCAGGGAAGAAUGACCGAUGUCCAGCUAAUAAAUAUCCAGCGGUUAUUGGAGGCAGCGGAGUACAUAGAAAGAAGAGAAAGAGAGUGCGAACAUGGAUAUGCUUCGACCUUCCCUUUAAACCAGAGCACAAACUACCAGAGGCAGAGGAAGUUCCGAAAUAAAAAGUUCAGUAGCAACCACAACAGGUCGACACACAAUGAACUGGAAAAAAACAGACGAGCCCACCUGCGGCUGUGUUUGGAGAGGUUGAAGGCCCUCAUACCUCUGGGACCCGACUGCAGCCGCCACACCACCCUGGGCCUACUCAAUAAAGCCAAAGCACACAUAAAGAAACUUGAAGAAGCCGACAGGAAGAGCCAGUACCAGCUGGAGUCUCUGGAGCGCGAGCAGAGACACCUACAGCGUCAGCUGGAGCUGCUGAGAGGAGGAAGCGCCGCUGCCGUCCAGAGCAGCCCGGGGGAAGGGGAGAGGAUACGCAUGGACAGCGUGGGCUCCACCCUCUGCUCCGACCGCUCGGACUCCGACCAAGAAGAGAUUGAGGUGGACGUAGAGAGCACCGAGUUCUCCCAUGGAGAGCUCGACAGCGUGAGCAUGGCCAGCACCAGCGACCUGGACGACCACAGCAGCCUGCAGAGCAUGGCCAGCGACGAGGGCUACUCCUCCUGCAGCGUCAAACUUGCCUUCUCCUCCUAAAAGCCGCCGCCAGCACCGACCAGCCCUGCCAAACCCGCCUGUCCUUCUCCUUCACCCCUCUGCCGUCUUCACAGCCCAUCCAGCCGUGGCGUCGCCAACGACGACAGCAUCCCCUCUCCGAGCCUUUUUUCUUUUUUUUCUUUUUGUCUUUUUGUUACAUCCGCUCCAUCCUGCCGUCACCUGUACCCCCCCUCCUCCCCCCUUCCUCCUCCUGAACAACUGGGUUUAAGUUUGGCUUAAAGGGAGCCCAGAGGCUUUACACACACAAGUCUUCUGGAUUUUUUAAAACCCACUACAAAAAAAAAAAAAAAAAAAAAUCUGUAAUUGAAUUUAAGUGUGAUAUUUCCUUUUGAUUUAAAAAAAAAUGCACAAGCCCUGAUUUUACUCCAAAUGCACUUAAUUUUUUUUUUUUUAUAACGGUGAACUUGCUCAAGAGUUUUCGGUUCUCCAAUGAGGGCGUCUGAAACCGAAACCUAACAACGGGGUGGGGGGGGGGAAAUCUCCGCCUCGACUAAACGGCCCUGUGGGCGCCACAAACGUCUUCCCCGCCGUCUCAUUGCUUAUCCACAGCACAGAGGCUCACAUCCUCGAAAUCGGUGCUACCGGGGAGGCAGGUCAGACUCGUCGCCACACGGAGAGAGCGUCUUCUGCGUGUCGACGCGAUCGCAGGAGAAAACGGGAGGAAUUCGCCGAGGGCGGUUUCGAAAGUCGUAACUUUGUGCGAAUGUUUCGUUUUCGCUCCUUUCCCCUCGAACAAGCAGCUACGACAAGCCAUCCAGCACUCGCCUACUUCGUAGCUGUCCAUGUAAAACAAGGCACAAUCCGAGACGAGAUUAAAACACACACACACACACACACACACACACACACAAAAGAAAACAACAAAAAAAAAGCAGCAGCAACAAGGAAAAAAAAAAUCAUAACAGCUCCGAAGUUUGGAACAGAGGCACGACCUUUUUUCCAGCAGUAAGAAGCAAUAACUCCCACAGUAAUUUCUUUUUUUUUUGUCUGUUUUAAUCCCUUUCCAAUGUCCUUUCUCAGUUCUGUGUGACCGU